AUGUCAGGACGGUACGAAAGGGUGAACGCCCACGAUGACGAUGAACCCGACACACCAGUCACUGCGGGACAAAGGCCGAUAGAGCCGAUACCGAACUCGCCUCCUCCAUCCUUCCAUUCGCGAAACUCAUCGAUCUCGUCCAGAGAGCGACAGGCGAGAGUCGAUUCUACGCUUGCCGACGCAUUCGACACCGAAGGCGACGAGAGCGACGACGAGGCCGAUGAUAGGCAGCGGCUUGUACGAGGCAAUUCUUUCCCAGUGGCCAACCUGGGCGGGCAGCCGGCAGCAAACCCUUCAUCUUCAAGGCCGGCUGUCCCAGAGAGGCAGACUACGCAGUUCCCGUCAGCAGCUCCUGCCGCCGCCGCUGCAGGGUCAAAUAGGAUAUUCGGCAGUGGCAUCCAGUCCGAUGGUGUAUUCUCGAACUUAACUGCAAAGCCCGAACGAGGAGCGAAUGAGAAGGAAGAGCAGCCUCCCACAUACGAACAAGCGGCAGCAGAUGCUGCUCCACCAUACUGGGAGACGACCAUUCUAGCCCCAGGCCUCGGCGGACCCGACGAAGUGUAUAUUGAUGGCAUGCCUGUCGGCUCCGUGUUCAGCUUCGUCUGGAACGGCAUGAUCUCCAUGUCAUUCCAGCUCGUCGGUUUCCUGCUCACUUAUCUCCUCCACUCGACACACGCUGCGAAGAAUGGCUCACGUGCAGGCCUGGGCAUCACGCUGAUCCAGUAUGGCUUCUACAUGAAGGGAACCAGUGGCUCGGGCGCGGGCGGCAUGGGCGGUGAAGGGAUGGGCGGCGAUUCAUCGGACGGCUACACGAGCCCGCCGGACCCAAACUCACACGACUUCGAUCCGGGCAGCGUGAACUCUGGGAGUGGUGGAAGUGGUGGUGGUAUUUCUGACAUUGCGAGCUCGGACUGGGUUGCUUACAUUCUCAUGAUUGUUGGAUGGUUCAUUCUUAUUCGGGCGGUCAGUGACUACUUCAAGGCGAGGAGACACGAACAGCUGGUGUUGCAGAGCCCGGACCGGGGUCUUGGUAUUCCUAUCAUUGCCGAGGGAGAGAAUCCCGAGCGGGUGGUAUGA